AUGCUUGUACACUUGGUUGUUAACUUGCAGCAAAAAAUGAAAGAGGAGGAAGCUGAGGAUGACUCAAGUGAUCUUAAUAAUCAACUCGAUUUAGAAGUGAACAGCGUUACAUCAGGGCUUUCAGAAGUUUUGACGGGAGGUAUUAAAAGCAGAACUGCAAGACAACUAGCUAUUUUAAAAAAAGUGAAUAUAUCCGAUAGUUUGGAUUAUGCUUCAUCUGCCAAUAAUGGUAUGCAACAUAAAUUCAUCGAGUUUUUCACCCUGAAGACUCGUACACCAAAUUCUGAUUCAGGCGGAAUUAGAAAGAUUGAAUUCCCAUUCAAACCGGGAAUGUUUCAAUUUCAUGCUCAGCGAGGACAAUUGAAUCCUGGUUGUCUAAGAUUAUGCAAAUGCUUAUCAAGGUGCAUUGGAUGCCGACAAUUGCCUAGGAAGUAUCCAUGGAAUAGAAAUAGACGGCCAAAAUGUAAGUCUCACAAUCGUUUCAAUAAUCGAUAUAUCAACAAUAUCUGUGUAGUCCGUCAAUCGUCAGAACUAAAUGAAAAUAUACACCAACAAAAUCCCGACACUAUUGCAUUCCAGAUGGAAAAAAGCCUAAAUCUUUCAAGUUCAAGAAAAAUCGAACAAUCAUCAUUUGAUAUUACAGAUCAAACACUUUCGUCACCAACUGGCGUAGAUUCCCUUGCACUAUUGGAAAAAUUGGGUUUACCUCAUAACAUAGAAAAUAUUGAAAACGAUUUUAAAAGGAUGAAUAUUGAUUAA